AUGGCUCAGGGAAGGGGCAGUGCGACGCUUGGGCUUGCCCUCGACGGUCUGCUCGCCGUGUGCCUCCUCCUCGGCGCCGCCGACAUCGCCAAGGCUGCCACCAACAACGUCGAGUGGUCGUUCAACGUGGAUGGUUGGUUCAGGGGCCAAAGCUUCCACGCCGAGACGUCCACGGUAAUGUUCAACUACGACCCCUCCGUGCACAACGUGAUGGCGGUGGACGCCGGCGGCUACUACGGCUACCGGCCCUCCGGCACGGUGUACAGCUCGGGGAACGACCACAUCAUGCUCGGCCCCGGCACCAACUACUUCAUCUGCAGCCUAAACGGCCACUGCGGGAUGGGGAUGAAGAUGGCUGUCACGGCCAGUUGA